AAACUAUUCAAAAACAACCGUCGAGCAGUUUUGAGAUGAAGACAGUAGUUUGGGUGAUGGAUAAAGAGCUCCACCUUUAAUCCAGGGCGGAUACGACAGCUGUUAUUUGCGUUUCUUCACAUUGCGCACUUUACCGUGGACCGAAAGUGCUACUGAAUUUUCCCUGAACACUCGAAUGGAAAUUUAACUGUAUUUAAUUUUAUUUCGCAAUACUAUCUACUGACACUUGUUUUUGCGUUUUAGCCAUUAAUGCCAGUGAGACGAGCUUGAAACCUACCCUCAGGUGUUCCCGAGCUUUUUUAUCCCAGAAGCCAGUCUUUGCGCUUUGGACUUCAUGGAUUUAAUAGUGAACACGAAUUCUUUCAUUCUCUGCCUCCUACACGAUGGUACAUGCUCUGGCGUGAAUGCUGGUCGAUUUUACUAUAAAGAAAGUUGAUCAGUCCGCUUCUCACCGGACUAAAGCUUAUAUACAGAAGUUUUGAAAGUCCACAGACGCCCACUUUAUAACGACAUACAGGGUCGGGAAAAAAAAAUGAAAAGCCGCUGGUUUGUUUUGGUGGUGUUUUGGUGGAGUUGCUGUUGUAUGGUUCUUAUAGCUGGUGGCAGUUUUUUGUUUGACAGCGCCAGCGAGCUCCAGUCGAGAUCCAUACAUCGGCGUUUACGGACUCAAGAAAAGAGAGAGAUGCAGAAGGAAAUCUUGUCUAUUUUGGGACUAACACACAGACCCAGACCGCAUUUAUGGAAUGGCAAAUACAACUCAGCACCCCUGUUCAUGCUGGACCUGUACAACGCAUUAAACGUUGACAAGAAAAACGAAUUAGAUGCGAGUUGGAACCCUAAUAAAUCAGUGUUUACGACGCAAGAACACCAUUUAGCCACAGUUCAAGACAACGCGUACUUGAACGAAGCCGACAUGGUGAUGAGCUUUGUGAAUUUAGUUGAGUAUGACCGAGAGUUGUCUCCUAACAGAAGACACCAUAAGGAGUUCAAAUUCAAUCUAUCUCAGAUCCCUGAGGGAGAGAAAGUUGCAGCAGCAGAGUUUAGAAUCUACAAGGAAUGUGUGGGCACUGCUUUUCACAAUGAAACCAUCCAGCUGAGUGUUUUUAAGGUGGUGGGCAAACGACUUGACAGAGAUGCAGACCUUUUGCUGUUGGAGUCCCGCCAACUGUGGGCAGUUGAUGAAGGCUGGCUAGAGUUUGACAUCACAGCCACCAUAAACCUCUGGGUUAUGAAGCCACAUCAUAAUCUGGGCCUACAGAUAAGUGUACAAACCAGCAUUGGAGAGAACAUUAACCCUAAAGAGGCAGGGCUAGUCAGUCAGGGUGGCCCUCUGGAGAAGCAGCCCUUCAUGGUGGCCUUCUUCAAGGUAAAAGAGCUCCACAUCCGCACACCACGAUCUGUAGGAAAACCCAGGCAGCAGAGCCGAAAUCGUUCCACUUAUCCACAGGAGGCACAAAAAGGCCCAGGACAAACAGAUCAUAAUAGCAGUGAUCAGAAGACAGCCUGCAGAAAACAUGAACUAUAUGUCAGCUUCAGAGAUUUGGGCUGGCAGGAUUGGAUUAUUGCACCUGAAGGAUAUGCAGCUAAUUACUGUGAUGGAGAAUGCUCAUUCCCAUUAAAUGCUCACAUGAAUGCUACAAAUCAUGCUAUUGUACAGACACUGGUCCACCUGAUGAAUCCUGAAAAUGUUCCGAAGCCAUGCUGUGCUCCAACUAAGUUGCAUGCCAUAUCUGUGCUGUAUUUUGAUGACAACUCCAAUGUCAUCCUAAAAAAGUACAAAAACAUGGUGGUGCGUGCAUGUGGCUGCCACUGACAUUGAGGAGGACAUACAAGAUUGCCUCUGCUAAACAGUUUGUGUGUGCAUCUUUUUCUUCACUAUGCAUGCACAAUGCAGACUAGAGGUGGGGUUAUUAAGGACUGAGCUGCUUUUUCAUCUGUUUUCUGAUCCGUUUUUUGAGCAUUCUGUCUACAUUUCUAUAUAGAAUUUUUCAUAUUUAUUCUGUAUUUGACUAAAGUUUUAUUUUUAGCAACUCAAUUAUAUGUCAAAUACAUCUAUACAAUAAAAACUAGAGCUAUUUAAUUUUUUCUUCUUACAUGUUUUGUAAAAAAAAAAAAAAAUCUAUCAAAUUAUUUUUCAGACAUUUUUUCAUCUUGGGUCUUAAUAAAACAAUAUUCUAAUUCUUUAAGACGUUAAUUUAUACCUCCAGUGGUUUGCCUCGGCCAAGCAGCAGUGACACCUGAGACCAGAAUAAUCUGUUUGUAUGUAUGUUUGUAUGUACAGUAUCUCCCAAAAGUAAGUACAUCAUAAAAGUGAGUAGUAUAUCUUCUUAAGGGACAAUACUAUAGAAAUGAAACUUUUCUAUAUAUUUUACAAUGGUCAGUGUGCAGCUUAUAUAGCAGUACAGAUUUACAGUCCUCUAGAAAUGAUUUAACAUAAAGCAAUUAUUGUCAAAAUAACUGACAACGAAAGUGAGUACACCCCAAGUGAUAACAGCUGUACGUCGUUUAAUCAUGCAAAGCCACAUGUCCUAUUCAUCAUGUUCAUGUUUUUUUCUGCUUGACAGGGGCAUACGAGUUUGUGUAUAUUUUAUUAGAGCAGUUAGAAUUUGAUGCUUUGAGUACAAUGUUUCAAUGUUGAGUUCAAUGUUCUAUGGCACCUCAUGGCAAAGAUCUCUAAAGGAUUUGGGAAUUAGAAUUGAUGCCCUCCACAAAGAUAGCAGAGGCUAUAAGAAGAUUGGUAACACCAUAAAACUGAGUUACAGUACAGUGGACAGGAUCAUACAGAAGUUUUCCAAUAUGGGUUCUAUUCAGAAAAGGCCUAACAAUCAAAGAUUGAUGAAGUUAAAUCCUCUGUGCUGUGCGUCAGGUGCAGAAGCUGGUUUUUAAAAAACCUACACGAGUGCUGCCAGCGUUGCUUUAGAUGUUGCAGAAGCGGACAGUCUGCUUGUCAGUGCUCUGCAGACUGCAACAAGUCGGUUUGCAUGGCCGUCAUCCCAGAAGGAAGCCUCUUCUGAAGCUGGCUCACAAGAAAGUUUGCAAACAGUUUGCUGAAGACCAGUCCAAGAGCAUGAAUUACUGGAACCAUGUCAUGUGGUCUGAUGAGACUAAUAUAAACUUGUUUCGGUCAGAUGGUGCCCAGCAAGAAAAAUGUGUCUUGCCUACAGUUAAGCAUGGUGGUGAUGGUAGUAGCAUCAUGGUCUGGGGCUGCAUGAGUGCUGCCUGUACGGGGGAGCUGCAGUUUAUUGAGGGGAACAUAGAUUCUAAGAUGUACUGUGACAUUAUGACAUUACCUGUAGCGCAUCCUCAAGCGGAAGGUGAAGAAGUGCCAUGUGUUUAAAAUCCAGCAGCUUCGGGAUGUCAUUAUGUAGGAGGAGAAGAGGAUCUUAGCAACAACCUGUGCAGCUCUGGAGAAUUCCAUGCCCAGGAGGAUUAAGGCAGUACUAGAUACAGAAAAAAAAAAUCUGAAAUGUCCCAGACCAGACAAACUAAUACAAAUUACACAGGCAGCAAUCAACAGUCAAUUAUUGACCUGAGAAACAAAUUAAGCACAUAGAAAAACACAAAAGAAAUCAAGAAAACAAAUACUAUAUAAUUGAGUUUACUCAUUUGAGGAUAAGCAGAUGUAACAGGAGGCCCAGAAAUACCCUGCACCACACCAGCAUACACAUUCUACACACCCUAAAAGUUGAAUGUAGGUGACAAGCACAGCACUAAUUGAGAAAGAAAACAUUAGAAGAAAGCUAGCCUGCUAUUUUACAUUAUCAUAAGUCAUAAAAACAUUCAUUAAUACUCUGUCAAUGCAGUGAUUGAAAUGCAAAAUAAUGGCAUAGUUAAUCAUAACGACCAUGGCAAAAGCAUAAUCAUAUGCUGUAUAUCAACAUUAUUGUGUUAUACAUUUGAUUUGAUUAAACAUUGGAUUCAGUUAAACAAUGAAAAAAAAACAUUGUAUUACUCUUCACUAUUCACUCACAAUAUAC